ACUACGCUUCGAGAGGAGAGGACUGCAAAGCCAUGAGGAAACACAGUAUGUCAGCCUGGGCAGCGACGCUGCUAGCGGUGUUGGUCGCAGUGGUGGUGACUGCAGAGCCAACGCCAGAGGCCCUUGCAGAUGGUGGCUUUGGUCACGGUGGAGGUGGCUUCGGGCACGGUGGAGGUGGCUUCGGUAAAGGCCACGGUGGAGGUGGAUACGGCGGAGGUGGAUUUGGGCAUGGUGGAGGCGGCUUCGGUAAAGGCCACGGAGGCUUCGGUCAUGGUGGAGGUGGCUACGGCGGAGGUGGAUUUGGGCAUGGCUUCGGCAAGGGCCACGGAGGGUUUGGUCAUGGUGGAGGUGGCUACGGUGGAGGUGGAUUCGGACAUGGCAAGGGUGGCUUUGGCAAGGGCCACGGAGGUUUCGGGCACGGUUUAGGCGGCUACGGUGGCGGUGGAUUCGGACAUGGAGGUGGAUUCGGGAAGGGUCAUGGAGGAUUCGGUCACGGUGGAGGUGGAUAUGGUCAUGGAGGUGGUUUCGGCUUUGGCGGAGGAGGAUUCGGCAAAGGUCAUGGAGGCUUUGGCCAUGGUGGCGGAUUUGGAAAGGGACAUGGAGGAUUUAGCCACGGUGGAGGAGGUUACGGAAAAGGACACGGUGGAUUCGGCCACGGUGGUUUCGGAGGAGGAUAUCACUAAGAAUACAAUAAUAUUUCUUUUAUUUGAUCCAUCGCAUCGCAGGACUGAUCGUUUUGGAAAACAAUUGUAUUGCCCUAUGAAGUAGAACGACCUGAUGUGCAGUCUUUCUUCAGUGCCGCAACGUUCCUCGACUGAUAGGCAUAUGUAGUGUGCUCAAUGUUCCCUUGUUUUGCAGGCCACAUUUGUUGUCUCAAUAACCAGUGCCGUUAUCUUUCUGCCCACUGCCGUUAUCUUUCUGCCUACUUCGCGCUUGCUCAGAAACUAAGAUAUCUCAAAGAAGCGUUACGACACGAACGAUUUUAUACGAUCAAUAUAAUUGUUAAUACGUAGAUUAGACAACAUUUUGAGGAAAUAUUGUAUUUCUUGCAUCAGAAUAAAAUAGUCGAAUAAAUACAUCAAAGACUGCUUGCUUAUCCCAUCAUUUUCGACACUCAAUUGUUUUAAAUUCUAAGUUUUUUUGUCUGCGGUAGGAGUAUUUGAUCCAAGUAAGAGGAUUAUUCAUCUUA